AUGAAUAUAUUAGAUUAUAAAAAAUAUAUUUCUCCGUAAUACAGAUCAUUGUCGCUCUUUGCAAAAAAGAAAAUAAAACUAAAAGGCCGAUCCAAUAGUUUUGAACCUCGUAAUCAAUUAAAUAUAUUCAACAUCAAAGGGUUGAUAUUUUAAAGGGAUUCAUUAAGAAGAAAAAGUUGUUAUUGUAAUGAGUGUGGAAGCCUCAGUAAAUUCUAAUACAAAUAUUUGAAUCUUAAACAAGUACCAAAUAUGAAAAAGAAAAUUGAAAUCUAAUUGAGAGUUUAAAAGAGAAGAUAGACUAAGAACAGUAUAUUUUACAAAUAUCGUACAAUUAUAUUCGAUUAAGUCAAAAGAAAUAAAGUUGAAUAACAAUAAGUUGAAUCAGUAGAUGCAACUCCUAAAGAAUCUGCAUGCCUCAAAGAAUCAAUGCACAAAUUGAAAGAAUAUUUUGAAAAAUAAGAAACUCAAAAAAAAGAGAUUCAAAAUAAAGCUCGAAAUUACCGCUAUUUUGGUAAUAAAACACCAUUAAGCUCUCCUAAGCAUUAUCAAUCUCCUCGGAAUAAGGAAUCUAUCCCUUAUCUUAGUUAUAGAAGAAUUGAAUUGGUACAAUUAAAACCAUUAAAAUUCAGUGACACUCUCAAAUCAUUCUAAACACAUAAAAAAACCUUAUCCACUUAAUCUUGA